AGCAAAACCGCGCAAAGUCCGGGACGAGAAUGCAGGCGCAUUUGUAGCUAAAAGCCUACCGACUACACGAAAGAUGAGCGCUCCAAGGAAUGAGGACAAGAAAUCCACGGACGCCAAAGCGAGGUGCCCUCCAAAGCUUCAGGGAAGUCAAGACGCCCGUCCGAGUAAAUCUACAAGGGAUGCUAACUCUACCAAAGAGCCAGAAACACCCAAACGCACCAAAAGUCGCGAGAAUAAAGGAGCUUCCUGCUACCCAGUGAGGAGAGACAACAGUAUCAAGGAGAAUCCGAGCAGAGAUCUCCAAAGUGCUCCUGAAAAGGUUAAAAAAAGCCAGAGAUCAGAGUCAGCCAAAACAAUGGACACUAAAGUGAGCCGUCCUCCAAAGCCCCAGGAAGUUCAAGAAGUCUGUUCAACUCCAAGGGAUACUAACAAUACCAAAGAGGCACAAGUGCCCAAAACAGCAAAAAGUGUUGAGAAGGAAACAGCCCCCAUCUGCUCAGCGAGAAGAGGCAGCAGUAUCGAUGAGAAUCCGAGUAAAGUGCUUCAGACUGCUCUUGAGAAGUUAAAGGUGAAGAAAAACCAGAGAUCGGAGUCAGCCAAAUGCGUAAACAACAUACAGAAUAGAGUAACCGAGUAUGUGAAACUGCAUCUGGACUGGUGCAAAGACAUCAGCGUUGUGAAGACAGGAAGCUACUAUGAAAACGUUAAAAUCUGCGAGCCUGACGAGUUUGAUGUCAUGAUGACUGUUCGUGUGGAUAGGGUGAAGCUCCUGCCUUUCUCAGAAGACGGCGCCUUCUAUAGUGUAGAAAUGAAACGGCAAUCUUCAAGACAUCCUUUAGAAAAGUUUGUCAAUGAAGACAGAACCAUCAUGGCCAGCAAAAUGCUCGACGAUUUCCGUGAGAAAGUAAAGGAAGCUGUGAAAGAACUACAGAAUGUUUCGCUUGAGAGGAAGAAGACGGGCUGUCCAGCUGUAACUCUGCUGGUGAACGAGAAGGGCAAGCAGAUUUCUAUCGAUUUUGUCCUUGGUCUAGAAGUCCACAUAAGCUGGCCCAGUUUCACUCAGGGUGGCUUCAACAUAGAAAACUGGCUGAGCAAGAAAGUGAAGCAGGACCAAAAAGGCAAACCGUUUUAUUUGGUGCCUAAAUACGAGGGAAGAGGCAGUGCCGAGCAGGAUGGAAUUAUGGCCAAGAAUGCUUGGCGAAUUUCGUUCUCACAUGUGGAAAAGUACAUCCUGAAAAACCACGGCAACAGUAAGACCUGCUGUGAGGGAGGACAGAAAUGCUGCAGAAAGCAGUGUCUGAAACUUCUGAAAUGCCUUUUGCAACGGCUGAAGGAGGCGCACCCGGAGGAUGCGGACAAACUGUGCUCGUACCAUGCAAAGACAACACUGCUUCAUGCCUGUGCUGCCAGAGUGAAGGACAGUGAGUGGGAAAGCAGUGAGCUCAGCCACUGCUUCCAGCAACUUCUCAGAGAUUUUGAGCAAAACCUGAGGGCCUGCCAGCUUUCCAACUUCUUCAUCCCCUCCCAAAAUCUGUUCAAAGGUAUUAGCAAGAAAAAAUGCAACCUUCUAGCAGACUACAUUGAAUCCCAACGUAAUAAUGGGUUUCCUCUACUAAGUUAAAUCAAGAGAGUUUAAUCUGAGACUGCCUGUGUAGUCGACAGUGAUUUAUAUAACAUUAGCCAUGUUUCCAUUCAAGGUUUUUUUUUUUUGUUUUUUUUUUUUGCAGUAAAAGGUUUAGUGCAUUGAAAUGUUUACUGAUAUAACUGAUGGAAAUGCAAAUUAUCGAUAAAAUUUCACAACUGUCAACAUAAUCUUUUUCCGUUUAACUUUAGAAAACGAGAAAAAUGGCAUUCGUCCAAAAAUAUAUAUAUAUAUUUUUUUUAAAAAUAAGUGUCACAUGACAGAACUGAUCCAUCAGUCGGGGGAAGAAUAGGGAUGUGUGUGCCAUCUAGCACACCAUAAACCUGUGACACAAGAUGCACCAAGGAAUUGCGGUAUGCAGUUUAUUGGCCUCCACUACAUUCAGCAGCCUGAUAUAACGCCGCAUUCAUUUUUCCUUGUGCACACAGCAUAUACACAUCAAUGGACAGUUGUUUUACUAACCUCAAAAUUUUCCCGCACUACACUGUACUUGGCGCAAGUUGCCAGAUUAAGCAGGGCAAGAGCAAUCUUCUUUCUGGUCCGUUGCGACCUGCGAUAGGCGCAGCUCUCCAACACUACCUCCACCAUGGGCGGGGUGAGAGAGGGACCCAUUUUCAUCCCGAGAGUUUAAUGCCAAAGACUGACCCAUUAUUUUUUGUGGUGGAAGACCUUUGAUAAAUUAAGUGACAAUUCAGUUCUUACUACCUCGUUAUAUUUAUUACGGACCUGUUUCAAAUGACAUACUGAGUAUUGUUUUCUGCUACAAAAAAUCCAACUAACAUUUUGAAAAAAAAUGUUGGUUUGCCAUCAAACAAAUAUGAAGUGUUUCAGUAAGAAAUAUACUUUUUUGGCAGUUUGUGCCAUAGCAUGUGACAGUGGUUUGUUUGUAUCUCCAGGGUAAUGACCUGAGUACGAGCACUUAUAGAGAGAGAACGAGAACGCGUGCGCUGAGUCAAGUGACAUUAGAAAACUGCACUUUUUAACACAAAAGUAACUGAUGUGUGGCUUUAAAUACAAAUGUAGUGUACUUCGUUACUUUAGUUAGCGGUCACGCAAUAAUGUAUCAUGAUUAUUUUAUGAACCCAUUUUAUGAGCGGACCACCGGGAAUUCUCCCGUUUCUCCCGAUGAGCCACCUGACCUAUGCUCACGGGCUUCAGCAUACUUGGAGCCCCAUCAUACGAGCAGCUGCUCCAUUCUGACCUCGUCCUCUGAUCGCACAACUGCAAUUAUUUGUGAAAUUAAAAUUAAAGUAAGCUGGUCAAUUUCAUUUAUUUGUCUCAAUACUUUCACCAUUUUACAAAGAUUUGAGGACAUGCAGAACUCAAAGGGUACACAAUUUGCGAUAUACACAAAAUUAUGUAUGGAAACAGCUCAAGGGCAGAUUUCUUUUACAAUACGCCAAAACUUAUGCAACAGUUUGUUUUUUUAAAAGGAUGACAUCAUGCACACCAUUUUAUCGGUAAAAGGCCAAUUGUAUGUUAGCGGGCAGGAGACAGCAAAUAUCGCAAACUGGUUUUUUUUUUUAAAAACGCACUCUCACUUUUUUGAUAACAGAAAUGCACAAAAAGUGGAUGGAAACUUGGCUAAUGUUAACAUGAUAUUUUUUCAAUUAUAAUAAAAAUACAUUUAUAUAUAUAAAUGAAGUAUUAUGUCCAUGGGCACACGGUGGCUUAGUGGUUAGCAUAUUCAUCUCACACCUCCAGGGUUGGGGGUUCGAUUCCCACCUGUGUGUGCAGAGCCUGCAUGUUCCCCCUUUGUUGCAGGGGUUUCCUCCAGGUACUCCAGUUUCCUCCCCCAGCCCAAAGACAUGCACGGUAGGCUGAUUGGCAUGUCCAAAUUGUCCGCAGUGUAUGAACGUGUAUGUGAUUGUGCCCUGCAAUGGAUUGGCACCCUGUAAAGGAUGUACCCCACCUUGUGCCCCAUGCUCCCUGGGAUAGGCUCUAGGUGGAUGGAAGGAUUAUGUCCAUGUACUCUCUACUGUCUUGUCUGUUGUUUUCUCAUCUA